UAUUCUAUACUUGACGAGUGCCGCUUAGCCGUAUGCGAAAGGCAUUAGGAGGUACUUUAUAAUAUACAACAGCAGUAACAUUCGUCAGCAGCAUGCAGCCAUAAUCGACCUAGCUGUACCACCUCAGGUGGGUAUCAAUGUUUGUUGCCAUAGUAUUAUGGUACUCCUUGGCAAGAACAACCUGUGGCACCUUGAAAAAGUAACCCAAUAUAGUAAUAACUAACAACGAUAAAUUGAAAGACCGUUUCCCCUUCCCCCCCGCCUUCGCUUGCUACCAGUAGGGUGGGUAUAAGCCGUAUAAGCGUAUUAAGCCCUUAGGUAAGCUUGCCCAAGGUAGUGAGUGGUUCUUACUUGAAUCUCUCUUAUCUUAUUUCUUCUUCUUCUUUUCUUCUUCUUUUUUUCUUCCUUUUUUUUUUCUCUUUUACCCAUCUUCCCUCUCCAACAAGCUUCCUAUAAACUGUUUCCCCGUACUUAUUUUUGUCUCGGACUUAUCUUUCUCUGUUAAGACCAAUCCGAGAUGAGUAGGUACAAUUCCUAUUCCGAUGAGGACUCGGACCUCGAUAUCCGUGUGAGACAUCGCCAUGCCUCUUCUUCUCCACGCCCGCCGGGCCCGCCUACCCUUGCGCAUUAUGUGGAGGCACCCUCCCGGUCUCGUCCUCGGUUCUACGAGACCGGGACGCGAGUUGACGAUCGUUUUUUAAACCCAGCAAAUGAGCGUACCUUGGUCACUACCCGGCGUUCUGUCUCGCGGGAUCGCCGCCCAGGCUCACCUGGGAGCAGUGCGCCUCAGGCCCCCCCCACUCCGGUCAUUAUUAACAACCGCAUUUACAACAACUCGGACUCGGAAUCGCUAUCUUACUCCGACUCUGAUGACGACUACAAGAGAUCCCGGUCUCACAACCGUCGCCAUCGCUCCCACUCCCGCGUCUCCUCGAGCCACUCCCGGGAGCGCGGGCGCGAGCGUGAGCUAGAACUUCAGCAUGAGCUAGAGCUCCAACGCGAGCGGGACGCUUACGCUCUAGAGCACGUGCGCAUAGACUACGAGAAGGAGAUUGAGAUGCGGCGGCGGGAGUAUGAAAAGGAUAUCGAGAACAAGCGACGAGAGUACGAGUUGGAGCGCACGCAUAAGGAGCUGCAGGAGUUGAAGUUGGCCAAGCAGAUCGAACAGGAAGAGCAGCGGCGAAAUCGGACAAUGCAAGAAGAGCGGGAUCUGCGCGACGCCAAGAGGGAACUCGAUGCCAUUCGCAAGGCCAAAGAGAACGACGAGUACGAACAGCGCGUGAAGCAGAAGCUGGAGUACGAACGUAUGAAGGCAGAAGAAGCCGCGCUCGAGGAGAAGCGGCGCCGUGAGAAGGAGGCCAAAGAGAUCAUUGAUAAGUACAAGCGCGAAGAGGCCGAGCGCAAACUCCGCGAGAAGCAGGAAGCAGAGCAGCGUGAGAAGGAGUAUAGGGCUAAGAUGCAGGAACACUUACUCAAGUCGGGUCUCGAUGAGAAGGAGAUCAACGCCAUCCUUGCCGGCGAGAAGAUUAAGCGCGAGAAGGAGAAAAAAGAGAAGGAAAAAGAGAAGGAAAAAGAGAAGGAAAAAGAGAAGGAAAAAGAGAAGGAAAAAGAGAAGGAAAGGGAAAAGGACGAGAAGAAGAAAGAGGAAGAAAGACCAAUCUACACGCGCAUGGCGAGGCGACAUCUUUCGCUCGAGACCCUAAGGGCUUUCAACAUCGACUAUCAGGUUGACGCAGAUCCCGAGUAUGUCCUGAUUAAGCGUUGGGUAGCAGAGCCAGAGCAAGACGUGCUUUGGAGACAUACCAAGGUCAUCCGGGAGAAGCGUUCCAGCUCUAGCUCAGGAAAGCUCGUUUUGAGUAUCGAAGAAGGCAAGAAGCAUCGCCACCACCACCACCACCUGGAGCCCGAAUUCGAAUGGGUUCGCAAAAAGGAGCGUAGACGAAGCCGAUCCCCCUCGUUGCUUAUGUAUCUAGCCGGCGGACGACCAGCAUGAUGUAGUUAGCCUCUUUAUGACGAAGAUAACGACGGUAGAUUGCAACUAAAGAACGAAAUUAUGCCCUUUCCUUAUGUUGAGAGGCGAGGUGAGGCGAGGUGAAGGUAGUAUGGGCAGGCAGAAACAACCAUAAGCAAGGAUAUAUAUAUAC